AUGGCUUGUUAUUGCAGUUGGUCUAGUUCGGGCAUACCUGGCUAAAGGAAGCUACCACAGCCUGUACUAUUCAAUAGAAAAGCCCCUGAAAUUCUUCCAAACUGGAGCUUUGCUUGAGAUUCUUCACUGUGCACUUGGCAUUGUUCCCUCUUCUGUUGUUCUGACUGCUUUCCAAGUGAUGUCAAGGGUUUUCCUGACGUGGGCAGUAACACAUAGUGUAAAAGAGGUACAAAGUGAAGACAGUGUCCUCUUGUUUGUAGUGGCCUGGACAAUCACCGAGAUAAUCCGUUACUCUUUUUAUACGUUUAGCUUGUUAAACCAUCUCCCUUAUCUCAUCAAAUGGGCCAGGUACACUUUGUUUAUAGUAUUGUAUCCAAUGGGAGUCUCAGGCGAAUUACUCACAAUAUAUGCUGCAUUACCCUUCGUCAGGCAGUCUGGCUUGUACUCCAUUAGUUUACCUAACAAGUACAAUUUUUCUUUUGACUACUACACAUUCCUGAUCCUGGUUAUGAUCUCUUACAUUCCAAUCUUUCCUCAGCUGUAUUUUCAUAUGCUACAUCAGAGGCGAAAGGUGCUUUCCCACACUGAAGAACACAAGAAGUCGGAGUAAUUCCAACUCUUUUUCAGAACUUUUCAAACAUCAAAAUGCUGCAGUUUUUCAAUAUCCAGCACAUUUGUAAAGAAUAUACCAAGAUAAGUCAGAGAUAAAAGACCAAUAACUUAGCAAGAACAACAAAUAAAUCUAAUUUCACUGAAAUCCCACAAUGUAAAACGUUGAAAUAAUUUUCAGCUUGCAGUGCUUCAGAAAACUUUCAAACUUUAUAUGGCUUGGCAGUUAACCUUUCCUUAAAUGAUGUGCUAAAUGGUUUUCAUUUGUUACUAAAUGCCUGAAGGUUGCAGUAUGAGUGAUGAAGUUGUACCCACUAAAUGCCUGAAUUGGGAUUAUAUUACCAAUACCUCUUUUUUUUAAGUGCUUGACUGCAUGCCAGAAACUGUAUGUAUUGCUGUGAAAGCAAACAAUAUGCUCUGGAAUACUUCAGGAUAAUGUCAGAGACUUCAGUGGAGAAUGUAAUCUGGGCAAAGUGUUUGAAUUUAGAAAGGUAGGUUGUGUAUUUAAAAGGUGAUGGGAACAAGAAUAAGAAACCAGUUAUGGGAAGUGAGGGCUGUGUGGUUCUUCAGGAAUUCAAACAGUACAAGUACAGUGUCUGACCAGAGUGAAGAUCUUGUUUAAGCUGAUUACUCAAAUGCUAAUGUUCAUUCAGAGGCUAUGAUGCUUAUCUGAAAUAUUAAAACUCCUCUUAAGUACUGCAUCCCUGGAUACUUUUUUACAUAUUAAAAA